AUGCCCGCUGCACUCGCACCAGCGAAGCUCGGCAAUUUUCGCGACGAUGGCAAUCAGGACUCAGACGCCAGCGACACGGACCAAUCAGACGCGAGUGGGCGGAGCCUGUCACCAACGCGGCAAGGUCUCUCCAAGACCAAGAAGAGGAAGGAGCGCAGGCAAUUUGGCGCAUUCGCAGACGAGUUGGGGGACCUCCUAGGCGCUGCGUUCCAGAACAAGAACGAGCAACAGCCCACUGGUUUGCCCUCGAGCGCACAUGCAGCAAACACGACAGCGGAUGGCGAUCUUGAUAUGCAGGUUGAGCCUGUCGCGACGGAGCCGAAGAUGUCAAGACGUGCACGCCAGAACAUGGAGAGAGCGCAGGCUCGAAGGCUUGCAAAAGAAAAGUCAAAGAUGGUUGUGUCAGAACUGCAGACUGUUGCUGCAGAACGGAGAGGCAUGACGAUCCAGCAGUAUCGUGGGCUGAAGCCGGAGGGAGUGAAGAAGAGUAGGAGUGAUGCAACGAAGAAGCGAAGAUCCAGGCAGGCGAGGGAGAAGCUGAAGAAGAAGGUUGAGCAGGCGAGUGCGAUGGAGAUUGACUAG